AUGCCUUCCGGAAAUCCUGUUUUAGACUCUGCGACGCGUAAGAGCUUAAAAGCUCCAGUUUUUAAUAACCUAUAUGAGAAACGCGCCUGGAUGCUCGAACAUAUGGCGGGAGUUCUUCGGAUAUUUGGACGCAAAGGGUACAAUGAAGGAUGUGCUGGCCACGUCACUAUAGUUGAUCCAGUCGACCCAACUUCUUAUUGGAUCAAUCCGGUCGGGGUGCAUUUUUCAAUGAUAACUGUCCGCGACCUUGUUCAUGUCAACGCAAAGGGGGAAGCUAUCGGAGGCAGUGAAGCACCCUUCAGCUUACCAGGGUUCAAAAUCCAUUCUCAGAUGCACAAAGCUAGACCUGAAAUUUCAUCAAUCUGCCAUGCGCAUACCUUUUAUGCAAGGACCUUUUCGGUGUUUGGGAAGAAAUUGGAGAUGAUGUCACAAGAUAGUUGUCUGGUUCACAACAACUAUGCCCUUAUGGCUGACUACUCUGGCGUUGGCCUUGAUGAGGUUGAGGGCGAUAAAGUUUCAAAAGCCCUAGGAGAUAAAAUGGCGAUACUCCUACAAAACCACGGCUUGAUGACCGUUGGCAAGACAGUCGAUGAGGCAGGAUAUCUGCUCAUAUUGCUAGAAAACAUGUGCAAAGCUCAACUUCUUGCAGACGCGGCCGCUGGCAAUAGUGCCGCCCUUAAACAUAUCAUUCCAGAUAACGUUGCAAAGAGCGCAUUUGACGUGAUUUCUGGACCUGACAGCUUGUAUGCUGCUUUGCAGCCAGAUUAUGAACUAGAAGUGUACUUAUCGAAGGGAGAUUUUCUUUGA